AUGACUCCCGCGUUUGUCUUUCCUACCCGCGACACCCGCACCAUCAAGGCUACACGCAGCUUGCCACCGCUCCGAAAGUCUCAGUCCUUCGCCCACAUCCAGGUCAUCCGCCGCGAGGACGAGCGCCGUCCACCUCGCAACACCCAUUCCUACCUCAGCAACGCCUCGACCGCAGACCUUUCCUCUCCCUCUUUCCGCCGCACGGGCUCGGAAAGUGACAUCACCAGCCUUCGCACCACUCUUACGCGAGAUACCUCUUCCAGCUCCGUCGUUGCGCCUGGCCACACCUUCGCAGACAUGGCGCGCACCGGCGGCUCUAAGAAGAACGAACCUUUCGCCGUCCGACCUACCCAUUCGCCUGCUGGUCUCAUGAAGCUCAAGCCAAAGGCGAAGACCAAGUCUAUCUGGAAGCCACUUGAUCUGGCAGAGAACGAGACAUCAGAUGCAUCCGCAAGCCCGGCUCCGGCCGAAGAGGAGACUUCCCAAGACGAAGUAGAGACCGGCUCAGUCGCGAGAAGUUCUCACAUUCUGGCACCCAUUCGCGCUCCGCUCGGACCUCCAGUUGACAUGGCGGGCUCGAAUGCCAGAGAGGGAAAAGAUGAGGUGCUGGAAGAAUUUGGCCACAGGCUUGCCGAACCUGUCUGGUUGCGCUCCAAUCCGGGAAAGCAGAACGGCGAACUCAGGUUUAUUCAGCAUCCCAACCGGGACGUCAGUGCUCACCUCUGGUCCGCCACCGACUUUGAGUGGAUGGAGAUCGGCCUGUAUUCAUGUGCCCGCAAGCUUAUCGGCGGUCCUGUCACGCAUGACAAUUACCUUGAGUUCUCAGGCUUACCGAAACGACGCGAUGUAUCCCUGGCUUACUUCACUAAGCUUGCCAAAGGCUACCAUCGCUUCCAUGAAAUCCAUCCGGCAGCCGUCGUGUCUCCUCUAUCAUCCAAGCAGCCGGCCGGUGCUCUUCAGCAGCGACCAGCACUCAACCCUCGGCCCACAACAUCCGAAGCGGCUCGAUACGACUCCUUGUCAACCGUUUCUGGCUCUCUCAAUGAGGAUCGAUUCCCGACUCUGGCCUCACUCACCUUACGAGACCAUCCUGCCGCAGUGCCUCGACCUAUUGCCACUCGUGGACCUGCUGCUCCUCAAGGCCUCGGUGCUCCGGCCGAUGACCCGUUCGCUACCGAUUCACAGAUCUCACCAAAGACCGAGUUGUCUUCUACUCCCUGGUCCGGCGGCAUUCGGGAGCACACGAUGCUGCGCGACCCAGGCAAAAUGGACUUUGCCUUCCGCUUCCCGUCUGACAUAAACAGCUCGCUGCGCGGCGGGCUAAUUCCAAGCGUCGAUGGCGGUGACCGUAAGGCCUUCUUUGCCGAGCAAGAGCGUACGCGUGCCGAAAAGAUGCGUCAGAGCUUCGCACCUACCGACCGCCCUGAUCGUGCAGAUGAUUCUCAGUCUAAGACGGACGAGACUCCCUUGUCAGAGAUGACACAGUUUGCAUCCAGGGUCGCUUCAGACCGUGGACCCCCUGUUCCAGGAAUUGGCCCUGGUGCCAGCGUCACUUCUUCCGGACCGGCCACGUCUAUGGGUCCGUUGGCGAAAAUUCAAACUAACCCCCUGGAUGUUCACCAAGCUCAACAACUGGACCAGACGAAUGAGAGCCGUGCGCGUAUGCUUGACUACCUCAACCGCAUUGGUAACGAACAUGUUCCUACACUGCACCCACCCCAGGACCUUCGUGGACUUCAGCGUUCCAGUUCAGUGAGCAAGGAUAUGGAGGCCACUUCUCAGCUGGGUCUGCACGAAAAGCCCACAUCUUCGGAAUUGCAGGUUUCGCGUACCGCCUUGCGCACGAGUGAUCCGGAGCCUGGCUACUACGAAAACCGCCAUUCGAACGUCCACAACUCCUUUGGCUUUGGAAGUCCCACUCCGCAGAACUUCGGGGGGCCUUUCUUCCAGGACGAUGUGCCUACUCAGAACAAUCCUACGGCGCAUCGCUCGACUCGCAAGUCACGCGCCGAUGAGCUGGAUGAAUGGUGGAAAUCCGGACUGCGUACCCAGCGUCACGACGAUUUCAUGAAGACACUCAUCAACCCUGCCGUUUCAGGCUCCAACAAGGACGACUAUCAGGUCACCGAUCGCCUAUUGGUUCCUCUGUACGAGAGCCUUGCGUCAUACGUGCGUGUCCCCGGUGAGCCUACCAAAGCUCCGGACUACUUCGCACGCUUUGCGCCCCCUCCCGAGUGGGCUAUGGAUCGAAGCCCUGCUGGAGGUAAGAGUUUCUUCGGAGAGGAUUGCGGAGAGACACCCCGGCGCAUCGGCCGUGAUCCUAGAUACCAGUCCAACUUUAGCCUACCCAAGUUCACUGUGUUCGAGGAGCAGCACGAUGAGUCUGCUAUGCGAUUUCAGCAGGGAAUGCGUGGCAGCCAGUCUGGCCAGGGCUAUGCGAAUUCCCCUUUCUACACACGGAGGUUUUAA